AUGCCGCGAUCAUUUUGUGCAAGUUCCGUGAGUGGAUAUGAGAGUGAAAGCUACUUAUCUGAAGAAACAGAGAACACUGUCACUGUGAAUAUAGAAACAUUGGGGCGAAUUGCCGAAUUAGAGGACGAGAAUCAAAAAUUGAGCAAAAAAGUUUGCUUUCUCAUGGCGAAAACUAACGAGGGAGAAUUCGAAAGAAAGGAAAAUGCAGAGAUGAUAGAAGAACACAGACGGAAAAUAGCAGCACUGGAGAAGAAGUUGGAGGCUCUUGACAACAGUAUUGACUCGCAAGAACUGAAUAUGAAAGCUCAGGAUGAUGCGAGAGAGUUGAGGGAAGAGGAAUAUGAGCAGUUGCGGGAAGAGGUCACGAAGAAUUCAAGAAGAAUCAAAGAGCUCGAGCGAGAGACGCGGACUUUUGUUGUAAAAGGGCCAAGAAAAAUCUGCAUCCCGCUCGAGCGAUCGAAGAAGAUCGCGGAAAACAAGCUUGAAAGGAUUAACGAGCUUCCAUCACCUGCAGCUACUCCGCCUGAGACUCCUACAGUCUCUCCAGCUGCUACUCCGCCCGAAUCUCCUACUGUCUCCCCGUGUGCUACUCCUCCUGAUUCUCCUCUUCCCUCUUCUUCUAGUCUUCCUUAUUUUGGCUUAUAUUAA